CUCUAUCGUUCAUGAUAUACACAUAACCGAAAGGGUUACUUUUUCGAUUAUUGUGGUAGAUAGUUUGUAUUAUCGUGAUGUCUUGGCCUUUGAGUAUACGGGAAAAGGCCAAAAUGAAGCAUGUACUACUUACUAAGCAAGCCAAGAAUAUGAAAUCAAGAAUGGUUGUUCGUAUCUCGGCUGAAGCACAUCAAGGCGGCCGAAGGUACAUGGAGGACCUAACUUUAACUCUUCACGAGCGUGUCAGGGUUGGAAGGGAUAUCGGUCAAUGUUAUAUUGCUGUUUAUGAUGGCCAUGGAGGUUGUGAGGCGGCUUAUUUCGCAAGGGGAAUGCUGUGGAACACGAUCAAGAAACAACGAGGUUUCUACUCGAACGAUCCAGCUCAUGUCGUAAAAGCUAUCAAGGAAGGAUUUCUUGCUACUCACCGAGCGAUGUGGAAGCAGUUAGAUAAAUGGCCGAAAACCCGCCAUGGACUACCAAGUACUUCAGGCACCACUGCCGCWGUUGUUAUAAUUCGYGGAAGAAAAAUGUAUGUUGCCCAUGUCGGUGACUCGGGGGUUGUACUGGCAACACAAAGUAACUACGAUAAGUCAAUAAGAACUAAAGCCAUUACAGCAGAUCACAAACCAGARUCUCCCAAAGAAAAAGAGAGAAUCGAAGCUUUAGGGGGUAAAGUUCUUGCACGAAAUGGCGUACAUCGUGUGGCCUGGGAGCGACCGGUUUUUYUAAAACACAGGGGACCAAUAAGGAGAAGUACCAAAACUGAAUUAGUACCCUUUUUAGCUGUUGCUAGAUCUUUAGGAGAUUUGUGGAGUUUCGACUAUUUUCAUGGCGAGUUUAUGGUGUCUCCAGUCCCAGAUGUCAAAGUAUACAACAUUAAUCCGGGUGUUGAUAAGUUUAUCAUCGUAGCGAGUGAUGGAUUAUGGGGUGUGGUACGACCGGACGAAGCUGUGCGGUGUGUAAACGAGGCAAUCAAAGAUGUCAGUGAACCUUUGAAUGUCGACGUGUCUCAUAAAGUGGUGGCUUUAGCAAUGUCUCGGUGGAGRGAGCAAAAAUUACGUGCAGACAAUACAAGCGUCAUUGUUGCUUUCUUUGAAGAAGGAGGCACUCAUCCGUGUCACCCUAAACCCGUACCUACUGGYGAACAAGCCUCAACAGAAUCUCAAACAGACACCGAUACCGCUUCUGAAGUCAGCGUUGAAACGCCCCGCACRCUUUCUCCGUCKGGAGCCGUGGAGCCUCAAGACUCCGAUMGACCGGCUCUCGUAAGGACAAUGGCGUUCAGAUACAGUGARCCRGAGCAAAAUUCACAAACACCGUUUAUUCCUAUAGAAGAAUUCCCGCCUUGCAUAGCACAAGAGGUCACAGUAUCUUGUAYGGAAUAAAAAUAGCAGUCGCUUUGGUGAUGAUCGACGCCUUGCAAUAUCUUUUAUUAUUUAAAAUUGGCACAUUUUAAUUAAUAAGAAAGUCUGUGACUUUUUUAGAACUGAAACCGUUCUGGAAUUUGUAAUUUAUUGAGUUAUAAAUGGUGUACAUAGGUUUUUAUAUAUAACUGAAUCUGAAAGUAUUGCUAUUUGCAACGAAUUAUUAUCAGCGAACAAUUUUGAAUGAAGCUGUUUUAUACUGUCAUAUUCAUCGUUCAUAGUCAAAAACAUAGAAUUGCGUUCACACCACUGUACAGAUAGUUUGCGAAAAGGAUAAAUACAAAAUUAAAGAUUUUAAAAGAUU